AUGCCGAAGAACAGCAAGGUGACGCAGAGCGAGCAGAGCCACGAGCAGGUCACGGAGUCCGUGGCUGACCUGCUCGCGCAUGAGGAGCCUCUCGACUACAAGAGCAGCUCCCUGAACGUGGGGGCCGCUGCGGGGACAAAAGUCCCACAGAUUGAGGUGCCUGAGAACGAUGGCAGGCCUGCCUGGAACAGCAAGCUGCAGUACAUCCUGGCCCAGGUGGGCUUCUCCGUGGGUCUGGGGAACGUGUGGCGUUUCCCGUAUCUGUGCCAAAAGAACGGAGGAGGUGCUUAUUUAGUUCCUUACUUCAUCCUCCUCCUCAUCAUUGGCAUCCCGCUCUUCUUCUUGGAGCUGGCGGUGGGUCAGAAGAUCCGACGUGGGAGCAUCGGAGUGUGGAACUACGUCUGCCCUCGACUGGGCGGGAUCGGCAUGUCGAGUCUGAUGGUGUGUGGUUUUGUGGGUCUCUACUAUAACGUCAUCAUCGGUUGGAGCAUCUUCUACUUUUUCCAGUCCUUCCAGUAUCCUCUGCCAUGGAGUGACUGUCCAAUCAGAAGGAACGGGACAACUGCAAUCGUGGAGCCAGAGUGCGACAAAAGCUCGGCCACCACCUAUUUCUGGUACCGGCAGACGCUGAACACGACCAGCACCAUCGCAGAGAGCGGCGGCCUCAAUAUCAAAAUGACCCUGUCUCUGCUGGUGGCCUGGAUCAUCGUCUGCCUCGCCGUCAUCAAGGGGAUCGCCUCCUCUGGGAAGGUGAUGUACUUCAGCUCUCUUUUUCCAUAUGUGGUGCUCUUCUGUUUCAUGGUCAGAGGUUUGAUGCUGAAGGGAUCCGUGGACGGGAUCGCUCACAUGUUUACUCCCAAGUUAGAGAAGAUGUUGGAGCCCCAGGUUUGGAGGGAAGCAGCCACGCAGGUCUUCUUCGCCCUCGGUUUGGGCUUUGGAGGGGUCAUCGCCUUCUCCAGUUACAACAAGAUAGACAACAACUGUCACUUCGAUGCCGUGCUCGUCUCUUUCAUCAAUUUCUUCACCUCCAUCUUGGCUACACUAGUGGUGUUUGCCGUGCUGGGCUUCAAGGCUAACAUCAUGAAUGAAAAAUGUGUCGCGGAAAAUGGAGAAAAGAUCCUGGGGUACCUAAACUCCAACGUCCUGAGUCAUGACCUCAUUCCUCCUCACGUAAACCUUUCCCAUCUCACCACAUCAGACUACGCUGAGGUGUACAGCGUCAUCAAGACGGUAAAAGAAGACGGCUUUGUCCAGCUGGGUCUGGAGCCUUGUGUCCUGGAGGAUGAACUCAACAAGGCUGUCCAGGGCACUGGCCUGGCCUUCAUCGCCUUCACAGAGGCCAUGACCCAUUUUCCAGCAUCCCCUUUCUGGUCAGUAAUGUUCUUCUUCAUGCUCAUUAACCUUGGUUUGGGCAGCAUGAUUGGCACUAUGACCGGCAUCACCACACCUGUCCUUGAUGCCUACAAAGUCCAGAAGGAGCUUUUCACAGUGUGUUGCUGCAUUGUGGCUUUCCUUUGUGGCCUGCUGUUUGUUCAACGCUCAGGGAAUUAUUUUGUCACCAUGUUCGAUGAUUACUCUGCUGGUCUGCCCCUCACUGUGGUGGUCAUCCUGGAAAAUCUGUCCGUCGCUUGGAUUUACGGCACCAAAAGGUUCAUGCAGGACCUGGAGGACAUGUUGGGCUUUCGACCAUCAGUUAUUUAUUUCUACCUCUGGAAGUACGUCUCCCCUUUCUGUCUCAUCAUCCUCAUCUCAGCCACUGUCAUAGAGAUGGCCAUCAGCCCUCCAGGAUAUAAUGCUUGGGUUCAAGAGCUGGCCCAGGAGCGCUUCCAGAGCUACCCUCCCUGGGCUCUGGUCAUGUGCUUCGCUCUUAUAAUUGUGGCCAUGCUUCCACUUCCCAUCAUCUUCAUCGCCCGCCACUUCAACUUGAUCGCAGACGGCUCCAACAAGCUGUCUGUCACCUAUCGUAAAUCUAUAAUGAAAGACAUCUCCAACCUCGAGGAGCAGGACGAGGCCAGAUUCAUCCUCGGGGCCAAGCCCGGCGACGCCCCAUCAUCCGGUCCAGUACGCAGACCCUACGUGACUCCAAGGGGGAACACGUCUUUGGAUCCUAAUUCUCUGUCUCCAAAUGUCUGUUACGGCACAAGCUAUCAAAACGCCGCGAUAAGCCCCACCACGCCGACGACGCCACCGACACCCGUGACACCAGAGUCUGACUCUUGAAGACCCCUCUGACGCCCAGUUUUUAAAAACAUUUUACUUUCCUGCUAGCUAAUCUCCACCAGGAGACACCAAGGAUUCAUCACUGCCCCGCUGACAUCAUAUGAAGCCAUGAAGUUUAAAAACGAGCACAUUCUUCCCAGAGUAACAGCCUGAGUGUAGAAAUGGCUCCUUGUUGCACAACGUCUUGUCUCCGUUC